ACUCGACUCGGAUUAUUAACAACGUAUCUGUGUCAAACCCAUAUACCGAUGGCCGGCAAACUUCACAACAAUUAGAAUCCUCAGUCCUAACACCGCCGCCGCCGCCACUUCCUUUUUUCUUCCCCCGGUCGUCUUCUAGCUACCUCUGCCUGUCUGUCUGCAUCAUCCCCUGUAUAAAAUACUUCUCCCUCUUUUCCGUUAUGGAAAAUUUAUGUCCCCCAUCAAUGUCGCUCCCACAAGAUGGACUUGAUUGGAGGAUCUUCUCUUGUGCCACUACUAGCCCUUCUGGCAUUUACACAAGCAUUUGGCGGGCGAUCAGGCUACCACGGUGGUAAUGGCGAGGUUCAGGGUAAGAAGUAUCAUGAUGGCAAACCACCAGGCCACAAUGUCAAUUGUCAAACCCAUACAUCACAAGAGAUCAUAUCCAACGCAUCAUGGAGGAAGUCUGCAUCGUGGUCAACAUCAUCCUCCUCCACCCACUCGUCGUUGCUAUCCUGUCGACAAACCGAGACAUAGUCUUCAUGCCCACCAACCUCUAGGUCGAUGGAUGACCGGCCAUGCCACAUUCUACGGUGGUGGCGAGGCUUCUGGCAGGGCACUAUGGGAGGGGCCUGAGGAUACGGGAAUCUGUACAGCGAAGGCUAUGGCACAAAGACAGCAGCUUUAAGCACAGCCCUGUUCAACGAUGGCAAAUCCUGCGGACCAUGCUUCCAGCUGAAAUGCACACACGACCCACAUUGGUGUCUACACCCAGUGGAGGGCUAGGAUGGUGCAAUGCGCCCAACAAGCACUUUGAUGUCAUCCAGCCGAUCUUCCAGCACACGGCUGCUUACAAGGCAGGGAUAGUCCCAGUUAUGUACACGAGGAUCGCCUGCAAGAGAAAAAGAGGGAUCAAGUUCACCACUACUGGGAAUGCUUACUUCAACCUUGUGCUUGUGACGAACGUCGGUGGUGCUGGAGAUGUAGUGGCCAUGUGGGUCAAGGGUUCAAACCAUGGUGAAAAGUGGCUGCCCAUGGUGAGGAACUGGUGCCAGAAUUGGCAGACGAAUGGUUACCUGCAAGGGCAAGGGGUGUCUUUCAAGGUUAUAACUAGUAAUGUUCAAACUGUCACUUCGUUCAAUGUUGCUCCUAAGAGCUGGUCUUUUGUGCAGACUUUUGUUGGCAGGCAGUUUGGGCAGGCUCACCCUGGCCGCCAAAGAAGGAAAUGAAAUGAAACACAGAAGAGACAUCAGAUAUACAUUGUACUUGAUAGGCUAUUUGAUUAUUGGUAUAGAUCGUCUGCUGAUAACUUUUCUGUUACAUAAUCAAGUUCUACAGAUUCUUCACUCAUGGGAAGUUUGGAACUGCUAUCAAAGAGUUCAUUACUGCAUUGGGCAACAAGAGUAUGGAAACUAAACAAAUUCAUUCAUACAGACAUAAACAUGAAAACUUGUGGCAUGAACCAAAACAUGUGGCAUUUCACAAGAAGGGUUCAUGCCUCAAUUCUUUCAACCAAUGUCGCAAUUCCAUAAGCGAGAAGAACUGCAAUUUCACUUGUGGGCAUAUGGGAAUGGCAAAUCUGACAUAUUCUCAAACAUUCAUUCACUUGAAAACACAUACAAAGUUUACUAUCUAGUUUCUGAUUACGCCUAAAACUGGCAUUUGACAUAUUCUCAACAUCUCGAAUGCUACAUUCCACCAAUUUACUAAUCUCACGCCAAAUCCAACCACCCCUUCAACCCAUCCAUGUGAACUUACAACCAACCAAAUUACAUUCCAUAGAAUUACUUAUCGCCUAUAACUUAUAAGAAUUCGCUUGUGUAGCCUCUUCUUAAGCUCUGCUCCUCUGCCGCCAAUCUUAGAAGCUGCACCAAUCUGGAGAAGAAAAAAAACACUCUAUACAGUAACGCAGAGCACCAUCUGUUAGUUUAAAUCUCAUCUUAAUGCAGUAGAAUAGCGGCUCCUAAAGAACAGGCAAAGUCAACAAGUAAGAAAACAAAACCAUUCACAAACGAUUGCAUAACCCUAAUAAGAUCGACCUUAGAAACCAAGUUCUGCAUAUGAAAAAAAAAACGAAAAAGACGCGAACUUUAUAUUUUAUUUUAAAAGGGCUUUGGGGGGUUUAGCCCGCGACGCCAUCAUAGCCGAGUCGAGAGAUUUUCAUCGACGAUGGGCUCAGCCUGCGGGCAGUCUUCACCGCCGGAUUGACGAACCUCAACAGCAAGCCAAAAUGGGAACACCGCCACCGUUAUCCUACCCCCGCAAAGAGCCGCCAACAAAGACCAUUGGAGAUGGGCAGGGUAGCUCGAGAAAGCGACGGAGAGAAAACAGAGACGGAGCAGAGUUGCCGAUUAGGCGAGUGAGAGAUUCGUUUCCCGCUCAGAUAAGAUCAAGUAGUGUUGAUUUGCGAAUGGGAUGGAAGUUCUG